UCUUCCCCCCCCCUCAACUUUUUUUCUUUUUUUCCGCCGCUCGCUCGCACUGCUGCUGAUAUUCAGACCCAGAGAAAGGAAGUACGGACAUGCUAGCCGGUUAGCCGCUCUGAGAGCAACACAGUCCGACAGGAGAGACUGUCGGGUCGAGCCGUCUCUUCUUCUUCUUCUUCUUCUUUUAAUAAUUAGCAGACACUGCUCUUCUAUUUGAUACACGCGCGAACGUAGACUGCGGUUUUAUGUCUCCUUUUGUUUUCAAACCGUCAAACUGACUCGACCCUGAGCUUUGUCUGUUUUUGUGCCUUCGGCGUCGUUCGCCUGCUUUGAUACAAGGUUUCAUCAAAGGAGGAAAACACACACACACACACACACACCGACCGAAGAAAAGGCUGUGACGCGAUUACCACUGAUUUCUUCCCCAUUUCGGUCUGAAUCGCGGGGAAUGCGUCCGAGGAUUACGACGAGACAAUGAGACAACCCGCCGGGAAAGGUGCUGCGUGGUGAGAGGGAAACAGUGGGUGCGGCAUGCUGAGGCCACUCCCCCUGGCUCAGGAUGAGUGUCAGAGAUGGCGCUGCCACUAUGGCAACGAUCGCAGGUGGAGAAGGAGGGGGAAGUGCGCCAGUUAACCCCAACGAUAAUGAUGGCCGCUUAUACCUGCUCCAGAUCUACCCACGGCUUGUUGCCCAGCCCUCCACCUGCUGCAACCUCCGAGUGCAGAAGGAUGCGACAGCCGCCUCUGUGAUCUCAGAUGCCGCCACGGCACUGGGGCUGGACCCUGGUCGUCUAUACGUGUUAGCAGAGGUGAAGGAAUGUGGCGGGGAAGAGUGGGUGCUGGAGGCCGGAGACCUGCCAGUACAGAGGUUUCUGCUGUGGCCUCGGAAAGCCCAGGAGCAACACACUCAGAGCCUUGGCUUCUACUUCUUACUACAGGAGAGGAACCAUGAUGGUUCUAUACAUUAUGUCCACCUCCCACCUGUGUCCAAGGAGCAGCAGGCACAGCGGCUUGCCGCCCGGGGCUUCCUUCCACCUCCACAGGAUGACUUUGCAGACCUCUGCAACCUCCCCGUCCUCAAUGAGGACAGAAUAUUAAAUAACCUGCGCACACGCUUUAACAAGAAAAAGAUCUACACCUAUGCAGGCAGUAUCCUGAUCGCCAUCAACCCCUUCAAGUUUCUGCCCAUCUACAACCCCAAGUACGUCAAGACGUAUGAGAACCACCAGCUGGGCAAACUGGAGCCUCAUAUUUUUGCUAUCGCAGACGUGGCCUACUAUGCCAUGCUGAGGAAGAGGGUCAACCAGUGCAUUGUCAUCUCUGGAGAAAGUGGCUCAGGCAAGACCCAGAGUACCAACUUCCUGAUCCACUGUCUGACUGCGCUCAGCCAGAAGGGUUACGCCAGCGGGGUGGAGAGGACCAUUCUGGGGGCUGGGCCUGUCUUGGAGGCCUUUGGGAAUGCCAAGACGGCACACAACAACAAUUCCAGCCGCUUUGGUAAAUUCAUCCAGGUGAAUUAUCUGGAGAGUGGAGUGGUCAGAGGAGCCGUGGUGGAGAAGUAUCUCCUGGAGAAGUCUCGUCUGGUCUCCAGAGAGAAGAACGAGAGGAACUACCACGUGUUUUACUACCUGUUGUUGGGAGCCUCAGAGGAGGAGAGGAAGGAGUUUAAGUUGCUGCCGCCUGAAGAAUACUUCUACCUCAAGCAGCAAAACUUUAAGAUUGAGGAUGAGGAAGAUCUGCGUCACGACUUUGAAAGGCUGCAGCAGGCGAUGGAGAUGGUUGGCUUCCUUCCCGCCACCAAGAAACAGAUCUUUUCUGUCCUGUCGGCCAUCUUGUAUCUGGGCAACGUGACCUACAGGAGGAAGUCAACGGGCCGAGAAGAGGGGUUGGAUGUGGGACCACCAGAGGUCCUGACUACCCUCUCUGACCUUCUAAAGGUUAAAGAGGAGCUGCUGGUCGAGGCACUGACGAAGAGGAAAACGGUGACAGUCAACGACAAGUUGAUCCUCCCUUACAGCCACUCCGAGGCGAUCACAGCCAGAGACUCCAUGGCCAAAUCUCUGUACAGCGCCUUGUUUGACUGGAUCGUCCUACGCAUCAACCACGCACUGCUCAACAAGAAAGACAUGGAGGAGUCUGUCCCAUGCUUGUCCAUCGGUGUCCUGGACAUUUUUGGCUUUGAGGACUUUGAGACAAACAGCUUUGAGCAGUUCUGCAUCAACUAUGCAAACGAGCAGCUGCAGUAUUAUUUCAACCAUCACAUCUUCAAUCUGGAACAGGAGGAGUACCAAGCAGAGGGAAUCACCUGGCACAACAUUGACUACACAGACAACGUGGGCUGUAUCCAUCUCAUCAGCAAGAAACCCACUGGUCUGCUUUACCUGCUGGACGAGGAGAGCAACUUUCCUCAUGCCACAGAUGAAACAUUACUAGCCAAAUUCAAGCAGCAGCAUCAGGGCAACAAAUACUUUGUCUCCACACCAGUCAUGGAACCUGCCUUCGUCAUUCGCCACUUUGCUGGAAAAGUGAAAUAUCAAAUCAAGGAUUUCCGGGAGAAGAACACGGACCACAUGCGUCCUGACAUUGUGGCGUUGUUGCGGAGCAGUGACCGCGCUUAUGUGCGGCAGCUCAUCGGCAUGGACCCGGUUGCCAUGUUUCGUUGGGGCAUCCUGCGCGCCACCAUCAGAGGCCUUGCUGCUUUCAAUGAGGCUGGCCGUUCCUGGGCUGCCAAAACUUCAGGUGUUGUCCGUCCAAUCUCCAGAACUCCUUUAGGAGAGCUUCAACGGUCCAAUGCUCCAGUAGAAAGAAUGUACAAACGAGCAUCUAUGCUCGAUUUCUACUUUGAUCACUCAGAGGAGCGCCCUCUAGAGGCCUUUGAAGACAUCUUUGCUAGCUAUGAGAGUAAGAAAGACAUGCAUGCAGAGAUCAUCAGCUCCAUUAAGAACUUGCAGCUGGAUGGUGAGGACCCUCGCAAGCUGCUGCAGUCCUGGGGUCGCCUCCGCUUCCCGCGACACGUCCUCCAGAAAAGCAAGAGCAGCAAACAGAGGCAGGUCAUCCCCAAGAGUUUGCUGGAUUCUCGGUCUCUGAAGUUCAUUGUGAGUCUGACGCUGCACGAUCGCACCACCAAGUCUCUGCUGCACCUGCACAAGAAGAAGAAGCCACCCAGCAUCAGUGCCCAGUUCCAGACUUCUCUGACCAAACUCCUCGAGACUCUGAACAGAGCAGAGCCUUUCUUCAUUCGCUGUAUCCGCUCCAAUGCUGAGAAGAAGGAGAUGUAUCUGGAUGAGGCCUUGGUGGUUCAGCAGCUGCGAUACACAGGAAUGCUGGAAACCGUUCGUAUUAGGAGGUCGGGCUAUGGAGCCAAGUACACAUUCCAGGAGUUUAUUGAGCAGUUCAGAGUUUUGCUGCCAAAGAACACGACUGCCUGUAAAGAGGACAUCUCAGCGCUGCUUGAGAAGAAGAUGGGCCUGGACCCCACCAUGUAUCAGAUAGGAAAAACUAAGGUGUUCCUGAAGGAGAUGGAGCGACAGCAGCUGCAGGACACGCUGCACAAAGACGUAAUGCGCAAGAUCAUCUUCCUUCAGCGUUGGUUCAGAGCUCGUCUGCAGAGAAAAGAGUUUUUGGACAUGAGACAGGCAGCCAUAUUGAUCCAGCAUUCAUGGCGUAGGUACUGCAAAGAGGAGCAAAGGCGACAUGCAGCCACUUUGAUCCAGGCUCUGUGGAGAGGACACAGGCUGAGAUUAGAUUUCCACCGCCAACGACAGGGCGCCACCAAGAUACAAGCACUGGUCAGAGGCCAUUCAGCUCGCAGGAGGUGUCAGUCCAUACGUCAGGAGAAACAAAGAAAGGAGGAGGAGGAAAAAGAAGCCCAGAAGAGGGCAGAAGAAGAGGAAAGGAGGAGGAGGGAGGAGGAGGAAGAGGCAAGGAGAAAAGCUGAGGAGGAGGAAGCAAGGAAGAGGAUGGCAGAAGAAGAAGCGAGGAGAAAAGAAGAAGCGGAGGAAGUAAGGAGGAGAGCUGGGGAAGUAGAGGCAGCCCGGAAAGCACAGGAAGCACAGAAAAAGAGAGAGGAAGAGGAGAAAAGACGGGCACGCGAACCUCAAACAAGAGAGGAUCCUGAUAUAGAGCUGGUCACAGAGGAGAUGCUGGAUGACAACCUCUCUUCCCAGGAGGACGAGAGAGGAGAGGAGGACCUGGAGGUCAAAUCAAGCUCACAUACAGAGGAGGAGGAACAGGACAAGGAUGACGAAGAGCUGGAGGAUGAGGAUGAGGAAUUACAUAUGGAGACCAAUGGUACCCUGGCUGAGGCUGGACCCCAGCUGGAUGAGGAAGAGGAGCAGGAUUUGGAGAAUCAAACACUAGGACAGACAGACUCAAAACCUGCUCUUCGCUCUGAUGGGGCCGCCCCAAAUGCACUUACACCCUCCUCUCCAGGUCAGGCGUCAGAUACACAGGCUCACAGCACUACCUCCACACCUCCCAACGCUGAACAAGACAGAGUACGACCUCCACCUAUCAACAGGGGCCAGUCAUCCCGGAGCCAGGAGAAGAGAGAGCAGAGGAGACGGAGAGGGCUGGAACACAACCAGAGAGAGACUGAUCGAGCCGCCUCUUCCACCUCCUCAACAAUCAGCAAGGACCAAACGUCCCCGCCGAAGAGCAAAAGCCAGGAGACGUCGAAGCUAAAAGAGCGUUCAGAUAGCAAGGAGCUGGACCAGUACACCUUUGUGGCCUGGAAAAUGAAGGAUGACAAGGGAGGGAAGAAGGAGGCAAAAACUUCUCCUGCACCUCCUGUUUCUGGUCCUGUUCGUCCGUCUUCCCUGUCCCUGCGGCCUGCUGAACCUGCGGCUGACAGAAACGGCCUUGUGGAGGGUGUUGGUGCAACAAACCUGCACCGCCGUCCUGGGGCCAUCAAGGAGAAACCAGAGAAGUGGAGGCGGAGUGACGGAGAAUACCCCGAGAGCGCCAGCCCUCCUCCACUUCACAGCGAAAGGAGGAAAAAACAACCACUGGGUGAAAUGGCCUCUUCAUCAGUUGACAGCUUGUCUCCAGGCUCUGAAGGAGCUGGUGCUCCGUCAGCCAGAGAGAUAAUUUCCCCAUCAGAGAGUCAUGGUGACGGCUCAAGGGGCAGCUCCCUCAGAAGGAAGCAGCAAGACGGUUCCAGUCACCAAGAUUUAGCCCACUCCAUCCCAUCCACACCAGACAAGUCCGGUGGUUUCUUCAGCAAGAUUUUGAAAAAACGUCCCCACAAAGAGGCCCAGACGCCAGACAACGGAGAUCUGACACUGGCUCAGAUCCUCAAUGAAAAGCCAACAGGGGAAGCCCCAGCAUCUGGACAGCCAUCUCGGUCUCUCUCCCAGACACAUGGCGACCGUGCUGCUAAAGGUUUUGGCCGUAACCCCUCAAUAAAGAUCAGUCGUGCCACGCGGGUCUCGGAGCAGUGGAACGCCUCACUGGACCGGGAGAUCACCAAUGCAAACGAGCUGCGGCACCUCGAUGAGUUUCUGGGCAACCAGGUCAAUGAUUUCCGCUCCAGGGGGAAGUCGCUGUCAGCCACGGAGGCCAUCUUUGUAACAGCCACCAUGCAGUUCAGAGAGAAUAUCAAAGCCAUGUAUUCGCUCACAAAACCCACCAUUGGCUACAAAGGUCUGAUGACUGGCUACCAGAACAAAGUGAUCCACCUGGCGGGCGACAAGCAGAAAGGAGAAGUCCAACUGGUGGUCAACUUGUUCCAGUCGGUGCUGGACGGCUUCAUCAGAGGAGAGAUGAAGAAAGAGGAAGCUGAACCUGCGAAGCCUGCUAAAACUCGGAAGAAGAGAAGGAAAAAGGAUAAAAGUAUGGAGAGCCCCCUGGAUCACGUCUUCGUCAACUAUCAGGUCAACAUCAUGCAGUCGUGUGACCAGUGUAGUUCUUACAUCUGGGGCAUGGAGAAAGCCUACAUGUGCAGCUAUUGCAAAAUGGUGUGCCACAAGAAGUGCAUCUUCAAAAUAGUCACCGACUGCUCCACCUUCUGUGCCAAAAAGAGUGACGAAGAGUCCAGCGGUCUGCACUUCGGCGUGCGCGUGUGUCGCCUGGUCAGCGAUAAGAACCCGGUGCCCAUGGUGCUGGAGAUGAUGCUGGAGCAUGUGGAGAUGCACGGCCUCUACACCGAGGGCAUCUACCGCAAGUCCGGCUCUGCCAACAGGAUGAAAGAGCUGCACCAGCGGCUGGAGACUGACCCCCACCUGGUCUGCCUUGAAGACUACCCCAUUCACACUGUGACGGGCCUGGUCAAACAGUGGCUGAGGGAGCUGCCGGAUCCACUCAUGACCUUCACGCAUUACAGUGAAUUCCUACAUGCAGUGGAACUGCCAGAGAAGCAGGAGCAGCUUCACACCAUCUACAAAGUGCUGGAGGAGCUUCCUACAGCGAACUUCAACACGCUGGAGAGACUCGUCUUCCACCUCGUCAGGGUUUGUAAAGAGGAGCCUCACAACCGCAUGUCUCCGAACUCGUUGGCCAUCGUUUUCGCCCCGUGUAUCCUGCGCUGUCCGGACAGCGCCGACCCGCUCCUUAGCAUGAAGGACGUUGCCAAAACCACCACGUGUUUAGAGAUGCUCAUCAACGAGCAGAUCCGACGCUACAACGAGAAGAUGGAGGAGAUCGAGCAGCUGGAGUACGCUGAGGCUCUGGCUGUCAACCAGCUCAAACUCAAAAGACAAAACACGCACUUCUGCCAUUUACCUCUCAGAUUCUCAGCUCCUUACAAAGGAGUGGUGGUGCACGAGAAGGUCACUUCGGAUCUCAGCGUGGUGCCUGAGAACGAGCCUCUGGACUCAGACACUGAGGCUGAGAAGAACCUGGUGGAACGUAUCAAGUCCAUCAAACAGGAGAAAGAGGAUCUGGCCUGUCGCCUGCCAGAGAUGGAGCAGCCUGGUUCAGACCAGGAGAACUUGGACUCCGAAGCCUCGCUGAGCUCUGAGAGUCUUCUUGAUGAGCAGCAGCGCUGCUCUGCCCACAGCUCAGAUCCUGAAGGACGAGGUGGCCCCCAGCUGAGGAGAUACAAGCCAGUUUGUCCACCUAAACCGUUUGACCUGGCCCAGCAACCUAAAGUCCUCGGUGGACGCAUCUCUCUGCCAAACCUCACCCCCGCUAGCUCCACCUCCUCUAUAUCCAGCUGCGCUUCUUUAACCUCCCAAUCUUCCAACAGGCACCUGCUACGACGCCGCAACCCUGUCAUCCCAGACACGGUGAAACUCCCCCCAGGCAUCCUAUCCCAGUCUGCAGCCUCGCAUCCGGCUCAGACCGGCACUCCUCCUGGAAAUCGAGCAUUCAAACACUUGGUCAGGAGAAGAGAGCAGCCGGGCCGCCGCAAAGACAGCACCCAGUCCCUGUACAUCAACAGCCCAGAGUGCGACCUGCUGUUGCAUUUCUCCUCCUGCCCCCCCUCCACUUCCUCCUCCUCCAUCUCCUUGGUAAAACACUCUCCUCAGCACCAGAACCAAGAGACACAAGCCUCGAAGGGCCAGAGACGUUUUUCUGACCCAGACGUACCUUACAUGGAAGCGGAUGUCUGACAAGGACAAAACACAAAGGAUGGAGGAGUGAGGAGAACUUGGGUAAACACCUCUGAGGGUUGUCAGGGCAACAACCUUAGAGUAGACAAAAGGUUAAUACUAUAAUUGGCAUGGAGAGUUGCCACAGGUAACAACGUUGGGAUUGUAGAAAGCCAAGAGGAUAAGAAUCAAGAAUCACACAGAGGAAGAGAAACUGAUGAUGAACAGCAGAGAGCCACAGUGGAGACGUUGUUCCAGUUGCUGUGAUCAGAUGGAAACUAAUCAAGGAACUGCUAAUGUGUUCAAAGUCUUGUUGUCCGCUAUGACAGUAAAAAAAAAAAAUAACUGGACAAGAUGUUGCCAAGCACCUUUUCUAUCUUUUUGAUAUUUUGUGGUCGCUAUCGAUGAAUUCAGCUAAGUCAGAGGCUGGAUUUUUUUGUGUAGCCUCUAUUCAUUACUGUUCUUUUUUUUUUUUUCAAACCCAUUUGUGCUAAUUCAAGGAAAUACUAGAUGUUCCAGUCGCACUUUUCAUUUCUUAGUUCCCCUGAUGAGCGAAAACAAGCUCACUGAAAUGUUAGCUAGUGCCUUGAAAAUGUACAGUGAUUCAAACAAGAAACUCAUUUCUCAUGUUGUUAUGGAACAGUGCUCAUAGAGGGAGGGAGGGAUAUGGGGAUAAAGAGAGGCUACCUUUGUCUCAGAUUUUUGUGUUUAUUGUACUGAACCAACACAAGACCGACGUGUUCGACACAAGGACCUCAACGUGCACAGUGUGACCAUUGUACAAGAGACAACGCUCUGUCCGCUUCCUCCUUUUUUACCUGCCGCACAGCAAACACCCCACAGGAAGUCAUCGCCUUCACAUAGCAAAGGGAAACGGGAGCAGCACACGCCACUUUUCUCUCUUUUGUUUUUUUGUUUUUUUUAGACGACAAAAACACAAACACAACACCGGCCACGUAUGCAACAGCCGUGCCACGAUGUCUUUAAAGCUCCAAGAACUCCUCGAAACUGCCUUUCCCCUUUUCUAAAAUGAACUUGGCUUCACUCAGCUGUGGACAGUCGCGUAAUGAGCAGGUUCUGCUGAAGCACAUUUCAACUUGGUGUGAAGUGUAAUACUAAUGUUCCUCUCUGACUGCUGUUGAAUGAUGUCUGCUAGUUUGUAUGGACUAUGAGGAAGAUGUGUAAUGUGUAACAGAGUGUAUGGUUGGGACUGAAUGUUAUUAGUAUUAACGUGACAAUACAGAACGUGAUGCUUGUAACAUCUGCUGCCGUGUGAUUUGAUCCAGCACAUUCGAUAAAGUUUCUCAGUGUGGA